UUCAUCAUCAUUCUCACCCCAAUUUUUAGUUACCCGUUCUGCUGCUCUGAAUCGGUCGGCCUCCAAAAGCCAAAUCACCCAAACAAUUUUCCACCGAACUGAAAACUGAAGGGAUUUAAUCCUACGCGGUUGACGAAAUCGUUUCCAGAAGUUUCCGCCACCGCCGCCUCAAUCCCUCUUCUCUCGAAUCUCGACGAACGCGGCAACGCCACCUCCAUCCGCCUGCUCACUCGACCAUCUGAAAAUAAAAAACCCUAAUUUCGAAUUAGCUUUGAGAGACUAGCACUGACUUUAGCAUAAUGGCAAGAUCAUUGGCUAGUAUUAUCUAUAAAGGCAUUGUUGGAUUUCCAGCUGCUAGUUCGACUGCAUCUGGAUCUCUCUACCAGGGCAUACGUCGUUUUUCCACUACUGUGCCUAGUGACCCUGAUACACAUGAAGAUUUCCAGCCAACUAGUAAAGUUCAAAGUUCUGACCUCUCCUUGAAAGACAUUGUUGAGCAGGAUGUGAAAGAAAACCCUGUUAUGAUAUACAUGAAAGGGGUGCCUGCUCUUCCUCGAUGUGGCUUCAGUUCUUUAGCAGUGAGGGUUUUGAACGAAUACAAUGUUUCUGUAGGUGCAAGAAAUAUAUUAGAAGACCCUGAGCUAAAAGAUGCUGUAAAAGCCUUCAGCCACUGGCCGACGUUCCCUCAAAUUUUCAUAAACGGGGAGUUUGUUGGAGGAUCUGACAUCAUCCUUAACAUGCAUCAGACCGGUGAAUUGAAGGAAAAACUGAAAGAGAUUUCAGAAAAAAAGGAGUAAGCAAAAGGCGAGGCGUGAUUUCGACACAGCUUUAUGCAAUGCUUGGCGAACGAGAUGGAACAUAAUUUUAAUAUUGGUGUAAUUUAACACUUUAAUAAGAUUUCUUUGUUUCCUAGGACAUGUAUUGUCAAAUAAUGCGCUUGUUUUUCUCGACGUUUUUUUUUUUUUUUUUUUUUUUUGGUUUCUGCAUUCGUAGUGGUCCGUUCCGCUUUGAAUUUUUAUUAAGACUGAUGUAACAGCAACUUUUUGAAUUGUCUUGAAAUAAUGGAGUUACUCGAAUUUGAUCCCAUAUCGACAAAAUACGACGGUAAUGCGCUUCCAAGUUGCUGGGAUUUGGUUCUUGUUACAUUUGAUCAAAGUU